UCACCCGAAGAAACAUCGUGACAUGAAGACAUCAUCAUUAAGUGAGACAGCUGGAAGCUCAGUGCUGAACGCCUUUCUGCUCUGGAAUAUUGACUAACUUCACUAUUGUUGCUAUUAGCAGUACUUUGAAGCAAUGCUAAACAACAACAAGAGCGUAACAUAAUUAUUGCAAGCUGCAACCUUCUUCCGCUCGAGCUGGUUAGACCGGCAAGUCAUUUGGUUGUUACCACUUGGGCUGUCAUGGCCGUGGAGGAAAAACCUGCUUCCGGAAACAUGAAUGUAGUCCGACUUCUGUUGAAUUUUGGGCUCAAUCCUGCUGCUGUGGCUUAUGCCAUGACUACACUGGGAUCUGGCAUGAUAAACAACAUAUUCAGCUUCUACUAUGUCAAACUCUUUCUCAAUAAGUACAAGAUAUCAGAGGGAGCGUUCCACCAAUCACAAGUUGUGUACAUGCUGUGGAAUGCAAUCAAUGACCCUCUCUUUGGCUACCUGCAAGAUAAUUCCAGGGUGCCCUGCUGCUCUCAGCGACGUCUCUCCAUCCUUUAUGGUGCUCCCCUCUACUCACUGGCUUUUCUACUAGCCUGGUUCCCAUGGCAUACCUAUGCCCCCGGUGACUGGCUGAGUGGCCUACACUUGACAGUGGCACUGUGUGCUUUUGACGCCAUGCUGACUUUUGUGCUGCUGGCACAAUGUGCAUUGUUUGCAGAGAUUUCCAGCCACCAUCAGAGCCGAAUAAGACUUAUAAAGUACAGCCAGGUGGCUUCUCUCAUUGGUUCCUCCAGUGUCCUCUUCUGUGGUGUGCUGUCUAAAAAUAUGGAGGACUUUGCGUCCUUCCAAGCCUUCACAGUGCUGAUCGCUAUCCUGAGCUGUGGCUGCAUGCUCUACACGGGCCUCCACAGUGAGAGCCGCUUCGACAAAGGAUCUGAAUCGGAUGCUCCGGGGUCUGCUGACCAGACUUCCCAUCAAUCAGCAAUUUCCUUCUCCAUGUUAAAAUCAUUGACGUGGCAAAUUCUGACCAACAGGGACUUCCAGCUUUUUGUGUUGAUGAACUUCUUCCAGGUUUUCAUGUUAGCUUUCUUUAAUAAUUUUACCAUGAUAUUUGCUGACCAGCUGAUUCCUCCAAAUGCGCUCCCAUCACUUGCCAAGAGCAUCAUGUAUGGAGCGGGAUUCAUCUGUCCACAGCUGUUAGUGUUGAGCUGUCAGAGUCUUCUCAGCAGUCUCGGCUACUACAGGAUCAUCCUCUUCACCUUCUACUUGCAAUCUGGAAUGGCGGCUAUCAUGCUCGCACUCGGUCCUCAGCACUACUAUAUCCUGGCAUUCUUCCUCACCGUUAAUAUGGUCAUAAUCCAGGCAGCCUUCAGUCUUUUUGGCUUGCCUUUGGCUGACAUCAUUGACACAGACAUGCAGAAGUACAAGCGCAGUUCCCCUCUGUCCUCCAUGGUGUUUGGGACGAAUGCUCUGUUCACAAAGCCGGCUCAGUCUCUGGCUCCAAUGAUAGUGCUGAAUAUCCUCAACCAGUUUGGAUACGAGCAGCUGAAGGAUGCAGGAAGGGAUUCUAAUCCAAGCGCCUCGCAGAGCCUUCACAGUGUCAUGUUCUACUUGGUGUGUCUGGUGCCCAUGUGUGUCGCUGCCCUGCAAGCUCUCGCUUGGAGACCGUUUUCUAUACGCAGCAGUCACACAGUUGACACAAAGUACGUUGAUAACUAACUUAUUAUAUGAUAUUUUAUCAACAGGCAUUUGGGUAAAUUAUUUUCUGCUAAGAGAUUAUGUUGAAAGUAAUGUGUAAAUGUCUGUGAAUCCUGAGUUGCUCUGAAUAUAUACUGAAAGUACAACUGUAAAGCAUCUUUGGUGUGCUGACGGGUGACACCCAGAAGAUGAGCUGUAAACUAUGAAUCUAUGUAAAGCGGAGAGACUCUUUCCUUUCAAACACUUCCUGGAUAACUGGACCAAAUGUAGCAGAAAUCAUGCCACUUUAUAUUCCUUGAAAUCAUCUUCCUUGGAAGAAUCCCAGUCCUGCAGUCUUUUACAGAUGUGUUAAAUGUCAUAAUCUUUGUCCAGUCACUGACCUCAGCAGCUAAUUGGCAGGAACAUCCUGUACGACUGCUGUGCUCUGCAGAAAAAUAGCAAUUCCUCAGAGGGCGUGUGAAAAACACUGUUUUGUUUUUAAAGCUUGAGUGCAGGACUUUUGUCUCCCCCUAUGGGAGUGAGAGUAAUUACACAAACACCGUCAAUGCUGCUUUUGAGGUACACCAUCAGGUGAGCUCGCCGCAUCUCCUCCGCACACAGGAGUCUUGGUCCUUGCCGUCGGUCGCUUUCUUGUUUUCACUUUAAUCCUCCUCUGUGCUUAGUUUCUUUUUUUUAUCUGGAGCAGCCACUCCAAAAAACUUUUCUUUGACUCUUAGAAUUUUCUGCCAUUGCUUCCGCCAUACUUGUAGCUGCUGCUCCAUCACUAGGGUCUCUUCCUCUUCCUGCCCCCUUUAGCUCUGGCUGGUUGACAUAAAACCCAUCCCAACUUCGGUAUACUGCGAAAUACAGAGGGCUCACCCUGGCGGCGAUAGGAUCAAUCUGUAUUUUGUGAACUCCGUUCAUUUAUAUGUAAAUGUCCCGCACUCCAGCUUUAAUAGAGGAACUGUAGUUAUUCAAACAUUGAAACUUAGUGUAAAUUAGAAAGUCGCUACAGAAAUUGUCUAACAGCAUCCUGAAACAGUCAGCUGAAACAGACGUGAUACAUACUGGCAGUGGAAAAUAGGAUGUGUCUUCCAUUUCUCUUCUACCAAGACAAAAGCUGAACAUUGAAUACUUACUGUAGACUGAGUACUGACUACCUCCUCUGUAAGCACAUUUACACCAUAUGGUGUAGGGGAAACUAGGUACAAAAACAUAAAGUGCAUUCAGUUGGAUUUUUUCAGUCCAGGGCUUUCCCAUUCCAGGGUUGACUUUUGAUUGUAUGGUUUUAGGAAAUUGUUGUAUUGCAAUACACACAAAAAAGACAUAUCAGCUGACAUCUGUAAUGCUUUUUCCACUAACAUAUCAUGUUAUAUCCAUCUUUUUCCAUAGUGUAAUCAAUUUUUUCUUUAAUUGACAUUCGUUUUUAUAUAAUAUGUAACAAUGCGGAAGUAAUAACAAAUGUUAUUCAAAUCUAAUUUCAUAAUUUAAGUAAAUAAUAGGCUCAACUUAAUUUUACCUGAAGAAACCAGGUGAAACAAAUAUCCCAAACAUUUGAUUUGAGUUAAAAUUUCACUUUAUUUUCCAAAUCUUUUUCUGAAAUGUGUCCAAGAUGCAUUCCAAGAUGUAUACGCUGUUUCUAAUCCACAACAUUUAACCAAGCAAAUACUACAAACGUAUAUUACAUCAGACAUUAUGCACUGCAGUAAAUACCACAAUCAUCAGCUCUAAACAUCGGCAAAAUUACAAAUUGCAUUUAUAGUAAUUCAAUGUAAUGCUCUGAUGUUCAUUUACAUCAGUGGCGCCUUAACAGACCUUCGUUUCACUGCGAAUAAUAAUAUUCCAAAGAAAAGAGUCAAUGCCCACACACAUCACCUUUGAAUUGAUUGAUUUAUUUAUUGUGGGUGUUGCCUUCUACUUAUCUUCCCUUUAAAUGAUUACCAGCACUUGAGUAACAUAAAAAAAAUGUUUUUAGUCAAUGCAUGGCUCACACCAUUUAAGCUUUAAAAAAUAGGAGGCAGAAAGGGAAGAAUUCACACAAGCUCUGAACUACAGAUGCUUGAAAUAAUGGUAUACAUCCAAAAUGUUCAUAUCACAGCUUUAAAAAGUGUAAAAAAACAAAAAAUGCACAUAGACAUGUAACAUCCACUUUGACUUUAUAAAGUAAAAUCUAAUGUUAACUGCCUGGUUACUUUCUGUGGGCAUUUGCAGUAAACAAACAGCAAGAUACCUCACAAACACAUCAGGUUGUUGAAAUGUUGCCUUACUGUAAGUUCUUUGUAAGUUAAUGAUGAUUUUUCAUAGCAAAUACAACCUUUAGCUUUGUUAAUGUAACAUUGUCUACUGAAAGCUGUACUGUAUUGUAUGUGAGGUCAUAUGUAAUGUGCCUUAUAUGUCAUUACAGUGUUUUUAAUGAUCAAUGUAUAAUCAAAUUACAUCUGAAUGUGAAUUCUUCUGUUUUAUUUCAAAGGUUUUUGGAAGUGUUUGAACACAAUUAUGCCGGGACUAUUGAUACACAUGUGUGCUUUACUUAUUUGUUGAGAAAAGUGUUCAAAGUAUUACCAUGAGUCCUCUCAAGGGAACUGACAUUGUCUUCUGACAGCUUUUGAUUUCCACACUUUUGAUUUUCACUUUCAUUAGUGCAAAUGUGCUACUUUCUAUUCUCUCUAUUCCUGAAAGUACAGUACACAAGUUUUGUUUCUUCCUAUCAAACGGUUUAUAUGGAAUAAAUUAAAUAGAUGAAUUAAAAAACUCUAAAGAUGGA